UCUCAGACCUCACACAGACAAGAGGGAGAGAGAGAGAGAGAGAGAGACAGGGGCAUUGAAUUGAUGAAAGGAGAAACGGAGGAAGGUAAAAGUUAGGUCACGAGCAACGUCACCUCCCGUUAAAAACAUCAAACGAGAUUUUUAAGAGAGAGAGAGAGAGAGAGAGCACAAAGCUCCUAUUGUUCAACGACCUACCAUUAUUCUUUCGUGGAUUUCAGCGUAAUUUUUCAAAUUCCUUCAUACGCGCGCGCUGAAAUGCAUGCUAUCCCCAUCCCCACUCCGCCCAUAUACAUUCUAUUCUUAUAUUUAUACAUCCUAAAAUUCAUUUUCUAUGAAGUCCCAAAUAAAAAUAAAAUAAAAAAGGUCGGUCGCUGGACGCUAGAGGCUUAGAGUAGAUAGUGGCGGAUUGGAUUGAUUUACUCUAAUAUAUAUCUGGAUUCCCCUGCCCAUAUUUCGAGUUUUCGAAUUCCCAUCUGUUGUUGGUUGACGGCCUGGCCUGGCUCCAUGAUUCACUACUACUCUCUUUUGAUCCAACACCUUUCAAAUCCUUGCUUGCUUUUCCGCCUCCUAAUUACUCAGAUCCGUUGCCGUCUCCCUCUGUCAAUACGUACCCUCCUUUCUCGAGCUUGAUUUUCCCUGCGCUACCCCCAUUUAUAUUCUAUUCAGUCKGAAUCGGAUCUACUCCACCCAACUUGAAAUUUUGAAAAGAGCAAGAGCCAAGACGAGAAUUUCCCUCUGUUUCGUUGCAGAGUCAGAGUAUAGUCUUCAAAUGGCUUCCGAUAUUAUCCUCUUCUUCUCCCUAUGCUUUUUCUGUUUAACACUCUACGUGUAGAUCUCUCCAUGUCUGCUACGGGUCUACCAUUGCCUUUUUGACGAUUUUUAAGACAAAAGUUCUUAAAGCAGUUCCAUCCAUGAAAAGAUAAGGCCCGUCGAUCUAUCUACUCACUUCACACGUUUUCGAUUGAAUCCAGAUCCGGCCUUUGAUUUUCUAUUUUCUUCCAGGGGCGACUGAACAAAAAAAGGUUAGAAUCCUAGGCAAUCUAGAUCCCAAACUAACAGAGUGUCUCAGAGCUUCGAUGGAACAACUCCUCUUCCCCGUUUUCAAUGCUACAGUAUCUGUAAAGACAAUCAACCGGGAGACGACGAGUUCCUUUCCCCCCUUUUAAAUACAUUCUUUAUUCAUUUUAUCUACAUGAUCAGAAAAGAUCUUGCUUUAACAUGCGACUUGAUCCUCAUAAAAGAGAGCCAGAGGAACACAUAAACACUGAACAACAAACAAUGCCCAGUAUGAAUCUCCAGGAAACUCCCAAGUCUGAGACCACCACCAAGCAGAAGGAGCGACACAUCGUUACAUGGACACAGCAGGAGGAUGAUAUACUCCGGGAACAGAUUAACCUCCAUGGAACUGAAAACUGGGCGAUUAUUGCAUCCAAGUUUAAGGACAAAACAACCAGACAGUGCAGGAGAAGAUGGUACACUUACUUAAAUUCCGAAUGCAAGAAGGGAGGGUGGUCACCAGAGGAAGACAUGAUCUUAUGCGAGGCUCAGAAGAUAUUCGGUAACAGAUGGACUGAAAUUUCGAAAGUGGUUUCAGGCAGAACGGAUAAUGCUGUAAAGAACCGGUUCUCCACCUUGUGCAAGAAAAGAGCUAAACACGAGGCUUUAUCAAAGGAGAACAAUGCUUCAUACAUCAACCCAAACAAUAAGAGGAUUAUAUUUCAGGAUGGUCUUGAUUUGGGCAACGAAUCAGCUGAUUCCACAGCUCCUUGUAAGAAGUUGAGGACCUACAUCUCAGAUCUCUCAGAGAACAGCACCACCAAAAGAGGACUAACCAAGGAAUGUGGAGUAACAAAGCUUCAGCAGAUAAGACCUCCUUUUGCAGUAUUGGUUCAAAACUUCCAUAAUGUUGACAACUUGCCACCUAAGCAACAUGUCAGCAACAAGAACCAGGAACCCUGUAAAUAUGAAGUAGUUGGGAACAACAAGGCUCAAGGAACAUUUCUUAGAAGGGAUGAUCCAAAGAUCACUGCUUUGAAGCAACAAGCAGAACUACUCAGCUCACUUGCACUGAAAGUUAAUACAGAGAACACCAACCAGAGUCUUGAAAAUGCUUGGAAGGAACUCCAAGAUUUCUUAAAUCAAACCAAAGAAGGUGAUCUGAACCCACAAAAAAUCUCUGAAAUGGAUUUUCUACUUGAAGAUUUCAAGGACUUACUAGAGGACCUAAAGAGUAGUAACUUGGGAAGUGCGCCUUCUAUGAGGCAACCUGAUUUUUCUGAGUCCCCAGGGAGUUCUGAAUACAGCACUGGGUCGACUGUCCAGUCCCAUGCAAAAGGUGAUAAAACUGAACAACCUCAAACUGAAAUAUGUUCACCAGACCAGUAUGGUGGUGUUGGGCCAAUGCCCAUUCAUAAAGAAAUACAGAAUAGUGGUCGAGGUUGUGAAGACGGAACCUGUUCAAGUAUUACCCAAGCAGGAAAAUUUCUCUCUUGCAAUGAGCUGAAAGACAAUGAUGGAGUUGUUUUUACACUGGCACAUAGUGAGUUCAGCUCACCUCUUCAAGUAACCCCACUAUUCCAAUCUUUGGCAGCUGGAAUUCCAAGCCCAAAAUUUUCAGAAAGUGAAAGGAACUUCCUACUAAAAACACUUGGUAUUGGUUCUCCAUCUCCCAACCCAAGCACUAACCCUUCCCAACCGCCACCCUGCAGAAGGGCACUACUCCAUAGCCUUUGACCAAUUUCUGUUCAUGUCUACUUGCAGAAAUUUGUGUCCUAGGAAAUUCUAGCCCAUCUUCACAAUCUAAUUCUCUGGAAAUAUUUUGUCUUGUCUCUUCAGUUCACUGUCCAUGUCUCCCAGGCCUUUCCGACCCCUUUCUUUACCAAAAGGCCGUUGCAAGAUCUGCACCUCAAAACUGUGAUUUAGAAUGUUUUAAUACAUUCUAUUGCCAAUCUGAUCUUACAAUGUGUUCUGCGAGGGUUAUAGGCCUGAAUACUCAAAUUGAGUUCCAGUGUGUCUGUUGAAUUGCUUGAUUUUUGUCCGAGUCUUCUAUAAGGUUGUGGUUGUUGGUAUUCUGUUUUUUUUUUUUUUUUUUUGGGCAGUCCAGUUUUGGGUCUUCGAUUUGCCAUUUGUACAUAGCAUGCAUUAUACAACCUUAGUCUUUUUAAGAGUGUAAUUACACAUCGGUAAUUUGGGCACCUCCCAUACAUUGUCUUAGAAAAAAAAAAUAGUUAAAGAAAAAGAGAAAGGAAAGGAGGACCAACCAGUUGAAGUUGGAGUCCUAUUGAUUUGAUUUUGGUGUGCAUAGGAUAUAGAAUAAAAGUUUCUUUUUUUUUCCUUCUUUCUUAUUAAGCUGGGUUUUGUCAUGGAUGUAACUAGUUGAUGUAACUUACUAUAUAAUUGAAGAGGAGAACGUGAUAUUGGCUUUGUGUGUACGAAUUUCCUGUAUCCUAUUUUCUUUUGCGGGAUAUUCUUUUACUUUUGAUCAA